AUGUUAAAUAGAUUAAGCAGAGUUGGAUUUAGACAACUCAAUGUUGUCAAAUCAUUUAGCAUCAAUAGCAGCAGCAGCAGCAGAGAUGUUUUAUAUAUAAAUAAUAGAAGAAGUUUUUGUACAGAAAAAAAAUCAGAAGACGAAUCAGAUAUCGCAAAAUUAUUUAAAAUUACACAAGAAAUUACACAAGAAUUAGGUCACACUGAAGAAAUUUCACCACUUGAUGAAGAUGAAUUAGGAGAAAAUGUACAUGAAAUAGAUCUUAAAAUGAGGAUGGAUCUUCCAAUUGGUUUAGUUAGAUCCAAUGAAGAACCAUUCGAUGCAGUCGAAUCGAAAUACCCAUUCCCACAACUCCCAGUAGAUAUGCCACUUUUACCAAUUGAUGAACCACUCACUUCAAUUGAAGAUUUAGUUAUUAAUUAUAUUGACCCAUUCGAAACUGUUAAACCAACCACAUACGCUCCAUUUUUUAGAUUUGCCGAACCAAGAGGAUAUACAGUUGAAACUUUCUUACAAAAAAUAGGACGUGAAUGUGAAUCACAUGUAGAAUUAUUCCCAACAUGGGAGGAUUUAAUGUCAACAACUUCAAGAAAAUUAAAAGAUCUUCAAGUUCCAGUUAAAAAUAGAAAAUGGAUUCUUCAUUGGGUUGAACAAUUCAAACAAGGAAGAGACCCAGUUUUCGUUUCAAAAGCUAAAUCAAUUGCUAAAGUUAAUAAAAAGAAAUAA